AUGAAUGAAGUAGGAGGAAAGCAAGAAAUUGCCAGUUCUUCUUGGGAGUCUAUUUCUCAAGUUUCACCCUUAGUAGGAAUACAUCAUGCACUGUCACAUCAAAUACCUACACAGCACAGUCACCCAGUUGCACACUAUGAUAGUGUACCUGUUGUUGUGCCAACUCCUAUAAGGAUGACACCAUUAGGAGAUCAAAAUUCAUUGCCUCCUUCUCAACCACAUCCAGCUAAUGCUGUUGGACAUUCUGGUUUUAUGGAACAUGAUUUACCUCCUGAAUUAUUACAACAAGGAUGGCGAAAGUUUUGGAGCAAAAGAGAAAAUCGUCCUUACUUUUGGAAUAAACUUACGGGAGAAUCACUAUGGGAAAUGCCCAACCUGAAACCGCCCUUUGAUCCUAUCACAGACCCUCUUGGCAUAUGUGAACCUGGCCCUCUUUCUAAUAUGCAUCAGCAAAUGUCAAUGCCAUUAAAAAGAAGAGCACCUGAAGAAAUUUCAAGCAUUCCUGUGAAAAAGUUUAUAUUGGCAGGCCCUUGGGAUCUUGAAAUAGGCACAAAUGUUUUAAUACUUGAAAGAGCUGCAACGACUUUUUUUCAUCCUCAUCCAGAAGUUGAAGCUUUAAGAUGUGCUUUGGCUGCUAAAUUACGGCAGUGUUAUCAGGAGCUUUGUCACAGUCGUGAAGGUAUUGAUGCACCCAAAGAGUCAUUUAAUCGUUGGUUAUUAGAAAGAAAAGUUAUCGAUGAAGGUAACGAUCCUUUUUUACCAAGCAAUUGCAUACCCGAGGUUUCAUUAUCAAUGUUUAAAGAAAUUAUGGAAGAUAUUCCUAUGAAACUUGUGAGACCAAAAUUUACUGGGGAUGCUAGAAAGCAAUUAUCACGAUAUGCCGAGGCUGCCAAAAAAGUUAUAGAGUCUAGGAAUGCUUCCCCUGAAAGUCGUAAAGUUGUUAAAUGGAAUGCCGAAGAAACUUUUCAGUGGCUUAGAAGGACCGUCGGUGCAACUUAUGAUGACUUUCAGGAAAGAUUAUCACAUCUCAAGGGUCAGUGUCAACCCCACCUCACGGAAACGGUGAAGGAAUCAGUCGAAGGGAUUUGUUUAAAAAUAUACCACCUUUCGAAAGAUCACACGAAAAAAAUAAUGGAAAAAAGUAAAGAAGUUUUAAAAGAAAGUGGUAUACCAGAAAACAAUCAUCCUCCUAUUCCAAUUAUGAGACGAGUUUGGUGUUAUCCAAUUCAGUUUUCAACGCCUUGCCCAAGACUCCCAAAUAUUGAAUUUUUACAAGAACGAGAACAAGCAUUGUUGAGAUAUCAUGGAGAUCCUCUUGCGAUCAAUAUAAGUCACCUACAAAAAUUGGAACAACUUUACAGGUACAGUUGUUUCGACGAUAAAAAAUUCGAACAUUUUUUACCAAGAGUUUGGUGCUUACUUAAAAGAUAUCAGGCGGCUUUGGGUCGCGUGAGCAAUUCGCCUCCUGCUCUUGGUUUGAGUGGUGCAGGUGCCACCCAGGCUGCUUUGGCUCCGACAGUUUUCGAAUGUUUGCAUAAAAUGUUUGCCGUUACAUUCGAAUGUUUUGCUUCUCCUCUCGACUGCUACUUUAGGCAAUACUGUUCAUGGUUUCCCGACACGGAUUCGUAUUUCGGUUCGAGGGGGACGAUAUUGGAUUUCAAACCGAUAACGGGUUCCUUUCAAGCAAAUCCUCCGUACUGUGAUGAAUUAACCGAAGCAAUGGUUAACCAUUUUGAAAAACUCUUAAGCGAAUCAUCGGAGCCAUUAUCAUUUAUUAUAUUCAUGCCCGAAUGGAGAGAUCCAUCACCACCUGCUCUCCUACGAUUGGAAUCGAGUUUAUUCAAGAGGAAACAAGUUGUGGUGCCCGCGUACGAACACGAGUACAGGCACGGAUUUCAACACGUUGUUCCCAAAAACGAAGUCAACAUCAGGGCUCCUUAUGGAACUUUGGUCGUUUGGUUGCAAAAUUCAAGCGGGUUUCAACGGUGGGGACCAACGGAAGAAAGAGUCGAAGCACUUUUGGAAGCUUUUCGUCCCGGUAGAGAAAGAGAAAGAGACAGACAAGAACUUUUAUCACCCACGAGAGGAAUACCAGAACCGCAAACUCCAGAAACGAAACCUCAAAUCCUUUCUCCAAAUUCAAUCCCACCACCACAAGUAGAUUCCAAACCCGACAGACUUUCUUAG